AUGACGCCGACUGACGUCAACGCAGCACCGCCCGACGAUAUCAUCAUCUGCCGCGACGUCCACAAAUGGUACGACGGUUUUCACGCCGUCAGAGGAGUCACCACCUACGUGAAACGCGGAGAGGUCGUCAUCAUCAUCGGCCCAUCCGGAUCGGGAAAGUCCACGUUCAUCCGCACCAUCAACCGGCUCGAGCGGCACGAACGGGGCCAGAUCAUCGUGGACGGAAUACCCCUCACCGACGACGUGCGCAACAUCGACGCCGUCCGCCGCCACGUCGGAAUGGUCGCCCAGUCAUUCAACCUGUUCCCCCACAUGAGCGCGCUCAGCAACAUAACCCUGGCUCCCACCAAGGUCCGCAAGCUGAGCAAGCAAGACGCCAUCGACGAAGCGAUGCACCUCCUCGAUAGAGCUCUGCAACUGGUGAACCUCGAGGGGUAUGCGGCCCGUUAUCCACACCAGCUCUCCGGCGGACAGCAGCAGCGCGUGGCCCUGGCCCGGGCGUUGGCGCCGGCGCCGGACCUGAUACUGAUGGACGAACCCUUCUCCAGCCUUGACGCCGGCCUGCGGGGGCAGUUGCGGGCGGAAGUCCGGGCCAUAUUGAAAGAGCGGGGAGCCACCGUGAUCUGUGUCACCCACGACCAGGAAGAGGCGAUGCAACUGGCGGAUCGGAUGGCGGUGAUGAACGAGGGGCGCAUCGAGCAGCUGGGGUCGCCGGAGCAGGUGUUCAACUACCCCGACACGCGGUUCGCCGCGGAGUUCUUCGGCACGGCUGACUUUCUGCCGGCCUGGCGGGACGGCGCUUAUCUGACCAGCGAGGUGGGACGGAUUCCCUGGUCCGAAGCUUGGGCCACACCAUCACGGACGGAUGAUGAGUUGCAGGUCAUGGUGCGUCCGGACUGUCUUGAUAUGGAACCCGAGGAGGAGGGCAACGGGGUGGUCGUCCAGCGGGAAUUUCUGGGCGCAUUCAACCUCUAUUCAGUGGGAUUGGACUCGGGGCGUCGGGUACAGGUGAUGCAGUCGCACCUGGCGCGUUUCGACCCGGGAACGCGGGUGCGAACGUUCCUGCGCGAAGGUCACCAGCCGUUGCCCUUCAUCGAUGGGCAAGCUCUGGUAGAUGAGCCGGCCUACGCCACGGAACCGGACAGUUCCUAA